UCCGUGAAAAAAUAUUAACAAAUAAUUUCUUUUAAAGUGAAAAAAAAUAAAUUUUAAAGAAAGAAAAAUGAAUAAAUUUCCACGAGCAGUUUUGAAUGCUCCAAAGAAAACCUUAACAGAAGAUGAAAUAAAUAAUCUACAUCAUGAAUUGGAAACUAUUGAUCAUUUAAUUCCAUUAAAUAAAUUAUGUGAAAAAUUCAAAACUAAUUUGAACAAAGGACUAACACAUAAACAAGCGGAGGAUAAUUUUUUACGAGAUGGACCAAAUGCUCUUUCACCACCAAAAAUGACAUCUGAGUAUAUAAGAUUUUUAAAAUGCAUGUAUGGAGGUUUUGCUGGUCUUUUAUGGAGUUGUGCUGUGUUAUGUUUUAUUUUGUACGCUAUUAGUAUUGUUACUGACGAUCCUCACGGAGAUGGAAUACAAUGGUUUGGAGUAAUAAUCAUUCUAAUUUGCAUACUAUCCGGUCUAUUUGCAUACAUUCAGGAAAGUAAAAAUACCAAAGUAAUGGAGUCAUUUACAAAGAUGGUUCCUACAUUUGCAAAUGUAAUUCGCGAAGAACAGAGGGUUCAAAUUUUAACUGAAGAACUCGUAAUUGGAGAUUUGGUGGAAAUACGCCUUGGAGAUAAAAUUCCAGCAGAUAUUAGAAUUAUCCAAUCACAAAGUCUUCGAGUGGAAAAUUCAAGUAUAACGGGAGAAAGUGAACCAUUAACAAGAACUGACUAUCCAACUGAUUAUAAUAUUCUUGAAAGUCAAAAUGUCGCUUUUUUCUCAUCAUUUGCAGUUGUCGGUGAAGGAAAGGGAAUAGUAAUAGCUACCGGAGACAAUACAAUGAUUGGACGACUUGCUGGACUUACGACACAACUUACAAAAACAGAAACUCCAAUUGCUAAGGAAAUUAGACAUUUUGUACACAUUAUCACCUGUAUAGCUGUGAUUUUUGCGUCAAUAUUUUUCUUUCUCUCCCUCUUUAUUGAAGCUAACUUCAUUACAGCUUUUACUUAUUUUCUUGGAAUUCUUAUUGCAAACGUGCCCGAAGUACUCUUGGUCACAGUAACUGCAUCAUUAACUUUAACUGCUAAAAAAAUGGCAAAUAAAAAUUGUCUGGUUAAAAAUUUAGAAGCUGUAGAAACAUUAGGUUCAACUUCAAUUAUUUGUUCAGACAAAACGGGAACACUAACUCAAAAUAAAAUGACAGUAUCAAAUCUGUGGUUUGGAAAUGCGAGAUAUAAUUUUCCAGCAAAUCAAAUGUUGGGUGUAGAAAGAGAUUUGCUUUUAGAAAAACCAGCAUUUAAUAUUUUAAUAAAAGCAGCAACUUUGUGUCUAAGAGCAUUUUUUAAAGCGGAUAAUUUUCCAUUCACUAAAAUAGAAGAACGAGAAGUUAUAGGAGAUGCAUCUGAGACUGGUAUUCUCAAAUUUUGUGAACAUAUUCAACCUACAAAACCUUUUCAAGAAUCCUUUUCUAAGAUUGCCGAGAUUCCAUUUAGUUCAAAUACAAAAUAUCAAAUGUCAAUUCACAGAGAAGGCGAUGGGUAUCUAAUGAUAUUGAAGGGAGCACCAGAAGUUAUUCUUGAAUCGUGUUCCACAAUUCUUGACGCGAAUGGAGAAACAAAAGCAAUGACAGCUGUAGAUUUGAAUCUUUCACGUCGAGCUUGCGCAGAACUGGGAUAUCUUGGAGAGAGAGUUUUAGCUUAUUGUGAUUUGACACUUCGUGGAACAAGUUAUGGUCCUAAUUAUGAAUUCAAUACAGAGGCUCCGGAGAAAUAUAAUUUUCCAACGAAGGGAUACAGGUUUGUUGGGUUGGUUAGUCUUUUGGAUCCUCCUCGCCCUAUGGUUUAUGAAGCAGUCCACAAAUGCCGAACUGCUGGUAUCAAAGUGAUUAUGGUGACAGGAGAUCAUCCCGUAACAGCAAUGGCAAUAGCAAAAAAAGUUGGAAUAAUUAGCGAAGGUCAUGAAACAAAAUACGAUAGAGCAAUUCUCCACGACAAGACAGCGUCGCAAAUAACAGUUGAUCAUGCACAAGCAAUUGUUGUCACUGGUUCGGAACUUCGUAACAUGGACUCUAACGAACUCGAUGAAAUAAUUCGCGAUUACGAGGAAAUUGUUUUUGCUCGUACAUCACCACAACAAAAGCUAUUAAUUGUUGAAAGUUGUCAAAGACUUGGAGAAAUUGUUGCAGUCACUGGUGAUGGUGUUAAUGAUUCUCCAGCAUUAAGAAAAGCAGACAUUGGAGUGGCUAUGGGAAUCACGGGAUCUGAUGUGGCAAAAAAUGCAGCUGAUAUGAUUUUAAUGGAUGAUAAUUUUGCUUCUAUUGUCACCGGAAUAGAAGAGGGAAGAUUAAUUUUUGAUAAUUUAAAGAAAUCAAUCGCAUAUACUUUAACGUCCAGUGUACCUGAAAUGAUGCCAAUGUUAGUGAGUAUUUUAUUUUCUAUACCGCUGCCGUUUGUUAUUGAAUUGGUACUAUGUGUGGACAUUGGAACCGAUUUAUUACCAGCAAUUGCUCUUGCUUAUGAAAAAUCAGAAUCAGAUAUUAUGCAAAGACCACCGAGAAAUCCAAAUCGAGAUAGACUAAUUAAUCGAAGACUUAUUUCAAUGACCUAUGGACAAAUUGGAAUGACUCAAUCAGUUUCUGGAUUUUACACUUACUUUACCAUUUUAUUAUAUCACGGAUUUAUGCCACAGGAUCUUAUUGGAUUGAGACACGAUUGGGAAGACAAAAAUAUUGUUCAUUUAAAGAAUUCAUGGGGACAACAAUGGAACUAUGAGAAUAGAAUGAAUUUAUUAAAUGAAGCAAGAACUGGAUAUUUUCUCUCAAUUGUAAUCACACAAUUGGUGGAUUUAAUUAUGUGUAAAACACGACGUAAAUCGAUAUUUCAUCAAGGAAUGGGAAAUUGGUUUCUUAAUUUUUCUUUUGUUUUUGAAAUUGUUCUAACGGGAAUUUUACUUUAUGUACCGGGAACUGAAAUUGUUUUGAAAACAAUGCCAUUAGAUAUUUUUUGGUAUUGGCCAUGUUUAUCAUUUGGAGCAUUGCUUUGGAUUUAUGAUGAACUUCGAAGAUAUGCUAUUCGAAAAUAUCCUGGUGGUUUUUUUGAGCGAGAAACUUAUUAUUAAAAUAAUGGUAAGAAGCGUAAAAGUAAUCAAUAAAAAAAGUGCAAAGUCCUUUUUUUUU